GUGUUCUUCCAGCGCCACGUCGUGAGGAAGUGUCGGUCCCCUCGGGCGGUUGAAAGGUGCCGGCGGAGCCUGUCAAGGUUACCUGGUUGGUGUCUAAUUGUUCUGUGCUUCUUCUGCUGAGGGAAGAACUAUGUCAUGGAUCAAGGAAGGAGAGCUGUCGUUUUGGGAGCGGUUCUGUGCCAACAUCAUAAAGGCAGGCCCAAUGCCCAAACAUAUUGCGUUCAUAAUGGAUGGGAACCGUCGCUAUGCCAAGAAGUGCCAAGUGGAGAGGCAAGAGGGCCACUCACAGGGCUUCAACAAACUGGCUGAGACUCUGCGUUGGUGUUUGAACCUGGGCGUCCUAGAGGUGACGGUCUACGCAUUCAGCAUUGAGAACUUCAAACGCUCCAAGAGUGAGGUAGAUGGGCUAAUGGAUCUGGCCCGGCAGAAGUUCAGCCGCUUGAUGGAAGAAAAGGAGAAACUGCAGAAGCAUGGGGUAUGUAUCCGGGUCCUGGGUGAUCUGCAUUUGUUGCCCUUGGAUCUCCAGGAGCUGAUCGCACAGGCUGUGCAGGCCACCAAGAACUACAACAAGUGUUUCCUGAACGUCUGUUUUGCUUACACAUCCCGUCAUGAGAUCAGCAAUGCUGUGAGAGAGAUGGCCUGGGGAGUGGAGCAAGGCCUGCUGGAUCCCAGCGAUGUCUCUGAGUCUCUGCUGGAUAAGUGCCUCUAUACCAACCACUCUCCUCAUCCUGACAUCUUGAUACGGACUUCUGGGGAAGUGAGGCUCAGCGACUUUCUCCUCUGGCAGACCUCCCACUCCUGCUUGGUGUUCCAGCCUGUUCUGUGGCCAGAAUACACGUUUUGGAACCUCUGUGAGGCCAUCCUGCAGUUCCAGAUGAACCAUAGCAUGCUUCAGCAGAAGGCCCGAGACAUGUAUGCAGAGGAUCGGAAGAGGCAGCAGCUGGAGAGGGACCAGGCUGCAGUGACAGAACAGCUGCUGCAAGAGGGGCUCCAGGCCAGUGGGGACGCCCAGCUCCGACGGACACGCUUGCACAAACUCUCAGCCAGACGAGAAGAGCGGGUCCAAGGCUUCCUGCAGGCCUUAGAACUCAAGCGGGCUGACUGGCUGGCACGUCUGGGCACUGCAUCAGCCUGAGUGAGGCUGGCCUCCUGCCACUUUGCCCUGCCCUCUGCCUCUAGGGCUCCACUCCCCUUUCUUUUCUUGGUGAAAGGUACCUCCCUCCUGAUGAUGAAUUGUGUUUCCUUUGCUUGGCAAGGGAGCCCCAGAGGCCAGGUUUGCUGGCCAUAGAUAUCUUUGGGCUGCCUGGGACAGUGCCCCUGGUGAGGGUUGAGGGUGAGAGUCUCUCACAAGUACACUAAACCCAAACUCUGAUCCAGGUCAAACUCUGAUCACGAAUAGGUUCGGAGAACAGAGGGCCCCAGCCCUUCCAUCUUUGCCACCUCUACCUGUACUCCCAGGUGCACUUUCUUUUUCCACCAGCACAUCCUUCAACACAAAGAAUUUCGGGGAAGAGGUCUCCCCAGAACCUUAGCCCUUUACCCAUCCAUCUUAGUCUUCACAAAAGAUGUGGACCCACCUUGGAUCUGCUGGUAAAUAGCUAAUAGGCAGCCAGCGUUAUUUAGGCAAGGAAGGGGAGGGAGAGACAGAAAGAAAAUUUGCCCAUCUGCUGCUCCUCCCCCUUGGCUCUCCACCUGGGAUUUGCUAUUGAAUCUCUACCCCCUCCCACUACACAGUGCUGACUGCUCACUGAAAGCAGCGCCCCCAGUGGUGCACGGAAGCCAGGCGGGUGAUUACAAUCCAAUUACCUAUUGUUGACUCAGCCCACACAAGCUUUUCUCCUCCUCUUACAGGGCAUGGGGCCAGGCUCCACUCCCCAGUGAGACCGGUCCCCUCCAUGGCUACAGGGUAACAGAAGACAUAUAGGCCCUGGUGAAUCUAAUCCAGCACAGGCCACCUUCCCUGGAUCACAUCAGGACCAAGAGCACAGAAACAAGCACUUCUCCCAACUGACUGCCUCCUGCCCUCAGCAUCUCGGACUCUGCUUCCCACCUCUACAGCCUUUGAGGCUUUUCUCAGCUUUUGACCUGGCCCCCUAAGUAGACCGUGAGACGAUUUAUUCCCAGCAUGGCAGAGUCUCAGUUUGUGAGGGCCAAGGUUGCCCAGCAGGGAGAAGAGGGCCGAGUCAAGGGCUGUGUCCUUUUCCUUACCUCUCCCUGCCAGGCCUCGCUGCAGAGCUGCUGAGAGGAUUAGUGCCUUUGAAGAGCUGUCUGAGCCGCUCUGUGCUUCAGGUGCCCCAGAGCAGCAAGCACCAGCGGGUAAUACCAACCAAAGGCUACUCUGUUUAGUCUUCCCGUUUUACUUUCUGCACACUGUUUCCCAGCACCUCCCUCUAGGGGAGAGGUAGGAUCUUGCAAGCAGUGCUAAGAGCAUAUUCUUUAAAACCUCUAACUUCCCUAUACUCCAGUCUCCUCCCCUUUCUGUGCCUGGAUACCUGGCACAAGAGACCCUUUGGCCAUCAUCCCUGCUCCCAGAAUCAAGCAUAAAUGCCCGGCACUGCGAUUGAGAAGCCAAUCAAUGCACCCUUUGGCAAGUCCCCCACUCACACACCUGGCACUCCCCACUACCAAUCCCUGGCACAGGGUUCCCGGAGAGCAGGUGCUGUACAUUUUCCAGCUUUACAAUGGGGCUGUUGACAGCCUUAAUUAGGGAGGCAUGAAUUAUGCGGCCUAUAAUGCAGAGCCUGCAAUUAAGGCGGGGAAUGAGGGGCUGGAAGCAGCAAAUGGAAUCUGCCCUGUGAGCAUGGUUGUUGAGUCCUGCCUCCUUUCUGGGUCUGACUUUCCCUAACUAUGAUUGGGGUACAGCAGAGGUGAUUAAUGGGGCUGAUAUCUUUGGCCUGAGGUCCUGUAUUCUGGGAAAGGUACACAGUGGGGAGGGGUGAGGAGUGGCUGCCUCAGGAGGCAGUAUAAGGGGUGGAAAGAGGAGGCCGAGGGAUCGCUGCUGCUCAGGAACAAGAGCUGCAAAUAGUUGAUAUGAACUCUCAGUGAUUGCUUUCUACCGGUGUGAUUUGUACAAACCAGCUCAACCCUUGCCUCAAGAAACUCGGUGAGACCUAUUUAAAUGUCCUCCCACCUGUGAGCCAACCCCCCCAGUUGAGGAUAUUUAUCGUGUUGAGUUCUCUAGGGUGUCAAAUAGAAUUUUUAAAAUUCUUUUAGAUGUAACACUUGUUUGCGAACAGUGCAACAGAAGAUCAUGUUUUGCUGCAGCAAUUGUCUACCCCCCUCAGGUGCACUUGGCUACCUCCAGGAUCCCUAGCUUUGGGGGCGGGGAGGGGGGAGCCACUUGAAGAGCCCUUUUUCCAUUGCAACACCUGUACCUCUACUUGUUUCCUAAUGCCCGGACGCUUUCCUCCACCCUCCUUUUCCCUCGCGCAAGUGAAAGGAAGCCAGCCAGCCUGCCAGUGAGGAAGGAGGGAUUUCGCCAGCUGCGUCUGCAGCGCCCAGGGUUGGUGGCUGCAUCGGGUGGGGGCAGCUGAGCUUCAUGUCUCCGAAGCGGGUAAAGCUUAGAGGGAGGGGAGUGCUAGUAGGCCUUCUUGGCGCCACUCUCUGUCAUUCGGUGGCGGGGUUCUGAGGUCCAGGAAUACAAGGACCUAAGAGAGCCAGCCACCCGACAGGCUUUGGGGGGGCUUCGUUGGUGUUUGGGGAGGCGGCUGAGCAACGGGUGCUGAAAGGACAGCUCCUACCUGCCCCACUGCACCCGAAAGGCACCUCUGCGUGUAAAGUCUACCCCUGGAACCCCUACCCCACCUCGAGUGGACCGCCUUCCAGGUGAGGUGCCCGAGAGGCGUCCUCCGAGUGGCAGCCUGGGAGGAUGCACGUCCGGCUGCACCGAGCUGGCUUCCCCGCUCUUUCCCCACUUCAGCGUCAGCCUUGGCCCUGGGAACUGCAGCCUGUGCCUCCAAGCCGCGCGCUUCCUCCCGCCUCCGGCGGAGAAGGGCAGUGCGGCCAGGCCUAGCAAACCCUUCUUCUGGGGCCCCCAGCGGGAACAGGAAGGAAAGCGGCUGAGAUGCGCCCUAAGUGUCGCAUGGCUUGGAGAAGUGGGUAGCUCGGUUGCAUAAGGUGGAAGGAACUUGGUAGUUUGCAAAAGCCAGCUCUUGGCGGGAGCCGAAACCCAGAGCCCGCCGAGUCGCACCACCCUCCCUCAUUUAUUGCCCUCGACGCGCGCCUCCCCCACUGCGCCCCCACCCCCUAGGCGCGCCGCCGUCUCCCGCGCCCUCCCCCCCAUACCCCCCUCCUCACUCCCUCCAGAGGAGGUGAGUUUAAACCCCGCCCACGUGACCCCAGCUGGGCCAAUGAGCGGCGGCGGGAGGUGAAAUCCGGUUCUAACCGGUCCGGGGCUCCCAGCGCUAUAAAAACUUUAUAAACCCCCCGGAGCCCGAGCAGUGUGAGGAAGAGGCGAGAGCGACCCCUGGACUGGCCAAAGCCGCGCGCCACUGCAUCCCCGUGUCCAGCGCCUACGUCCCGCCGCCGUCGCCACCAUGCCCAAGAGAAAGGCUGAAGGGGAUGCUAAAGGAGAUAAAACCAAGGUGAAGGAUGAACCACAGAGAAGAUCUGCCAGGUUAUCUGCUGUAAGUGUGUGUGCUUUUAAAUUUUCAUAUUAUUCCCUGAAACUAAAAAGCAUUGAAAAACGAUUCCCUUUGCUUCCCAUGAAUUAUGGUCAGUGGCUGGUAUUGAAUGACUUACUCUGCUAUGGACUCUUGCCCAUUUGGAAUUUGCUGGUUCUGAAAUUGUGAUGGCUGUAGCCAAAGUGGGACACUUCCAAGUGUUACUUGAGUGGGUUUCUGAAGAUAUGAAGUUCUAAUGGAAAGCCCGCCACAAACUUUACAAAGUAGGAGAAACUUCUAUGCCAGUGGUGCUGUGGUUUGGUUGUGGGUUGUUUUCUUUGGUCCAUUGUACUAAUGUUCUCUGCUUCCCUUUUCUCCCCCAAAUAAAAGAAACCUGCUCCUCCAAAGCCAGAGCCCAAGCCUAAAAAGGCCCCUGCAAAGAAGGGAGAGAAGGUACCCAAAGGGAAAAAGGGGAAAGCUGAUGCUGGCAAGGAUGGGAAUAACCCUGCAGAAAACGGAGAUGCCAAAACAGACCAGGCACAGAAAGCUGAAGGUGCUGGAGAUGCCAAGUGAAGUGUGCAUUUUUGAUAACUGUGUACUUCUGGUGACUGUACAGUUUGAAAUACUAUUUUUUAUCAAGUUUUAUAAAAAUGCAGAAUUUUGUUUUACUUUUUUUUUUUUUAAGCUAUGUUGUUAGCAUACAGAACACUUCAUUGUUGUUUUUUGGGGGAAGAGCACAUGUCACUAAUAGAUUGUCUCUGAAGCUGGAUUGAUGUGGGAAAAAAACACCUUUCCCUUCUGGUUUUGAGAGACUUCCUCGUGGUUCCCAGGAAGGAGGGGUUCCUUGGUGUUGACACACAGUAGCCACCUUGGCACAAACGCCUUGUGGUGUGGAAAAACUAAAAUUAGUUUUUAUGUCCUCUUCUCCCUCUCCACCUUCAGCAUAGACUUGACUCCCUUAAACCCAGAGACCUGUUGGAACCUGACCCCCCAAAAUUGGUUACCAGUAUGUCAGGCAAUCUGGACUUUGCAUUGUCACCAAUGAGAUGGCGUCCCUCAAAAGAGCAGCGGUUCCUUUUUUAGAUUGUGGAUCUUCAGAUUGAUACUUUUGCCAUUUUCAUUUCCAUUUUCUGAAAGUCAGGGUCGGCUUGUGAAAAGUUGUUAAACAACAUACUAAAUGUGAAAUGUCAGCCCUCACUCUAAACUUUCCCUGUUCAGAGCAUCACAUGAAGACUUCAUUGGGUUUUAUAGUGGCUUUCUGAUUUUGGUAGUCCAUUGCAAAAGGGAGUUUGAAAGUUGUUGUAUACUGUUAACGAUUGUCUGCCCAUGUCCUGCCUGAAAUACCAUGAUUGUUUAUGAAAAGUAUCUUUAAUAAAGCUGGAUACAGUUUGACUUGGAA